AUGGCCACCACGACAUACUACAUUCGCUCACACUACAACCGAGACCAGCCAAAGGCUUCAUCCAGCGGAUCUGGUGGCAUUGCGGACUGGUAUAAAUCACUAAGACAGAGUAAUCUUACUGGCGAUAACACCAGUACAGUUAAAACGACCCAGACAGCAACCACCCCCGCACCAGCGCCAUCUCAGCCCAUUGCCUCCAGCUCCAGUAUCUCUGCUCCUACCUCUCGCCCAUCAUCUACCCAUCCACGUCGUACCAACUCCGACUGGUUCAUCUCUCGUGCUCUAUCCGCUCAAACCUCCACUUCCUCCGCGCCACCCACUCCGAUCCCAACGACAUCCCUCGCAGACAUACUCUUACGAGAUCCACCCAUUACAUCCCAACCACUUAAACCACCGGUAUUUCUGCAUCUGGGACCUUCGAACAAGGGGUGGGCGAUGCUGCACAGUCGGGGGUGGAGGGAGGGUGAGGGGCUAGGCGUGGGUGCGGUCAGGCUGGCUGAUACUUGUGGAGAUGGAUUGGAGGGGGAGGAAGAUGAGCUGGAUGGUAGGGAGAGGAAGAGGGUAAAGAGGGACAAUAGAGACAGUAAGCAGGCGAAGGGGAAGGUGAAGGGGAAGGAGAAGGGCAGAGAGGUAGAAAGAGUGACAGUAAAAGAGGAGGAGCACGUCUACGAUGGCGAUGAAGAUAUCAUCGAAGUCAAGAAGACAGAAAUCAUCGACCUCACUUUGUCCGACUCUGAAUCUGAGUCAGAGUCAGACUCCGACUCCGAGCACAACACGUCCGAAGUUGACGACGACCCAGCCACAGUUCCCUCACCCUCCGCCGCCACCUCCACCUCCACACCCACAACCACCGCACCCCAAUCCUCCUCCCCCCCGCCCACCUCUCACCACGCAACCCAAACAUCCCUCCUAACCCCCCUCCCCACCGUCCUCAAAUCCGACCGCCUCGGAAUAGGUCUCAAAGCCAAAACCGAAGGCCCCUACCACUCCUCCGUCAAACGCGUGACGCACAACGCCGCGGCGAUGCGGGAACAUGUGAAGCGGGGCGAAGAGACGCGGAGGAGGAAGGUGAUGGAGGGGAAGGGGAGGAGGGCGUUUGAGAGGAGGGAGAGGAAAGAGAGGGAGAGGAGGAGGGAGAUGUUGGCUUAUAUGAAUGGGUGAGGUGAUAUCGGGGGUGGUAGGGUUGGUUGACGGCUGUGUGGUAUCUGUGGCCAUGUCUUAUGCAAGUCGCAUUGGG